CAACCACCUUCAUCUUGGUCCAGCCCUAGCUAGAACAGCUAAGAAACACACAACUCCAAGAACACACGCCAAGAAACCAAAGAAAAGCAAGCAGCCAUGGGGGUGGAAAUCCUGAGCUCCACGGUGGAGCACUACUCCCAGUACUCUUCCAGCGCGUCCACGGCCACGACGGAGUCAGGCGCCGCCGGAAGAUCGCCGAUGGCUCUGAGCCUGCCAGUCGCCAUCGCCGACGAGUCCGUGACCUCGCGGUCGACAUCGGCGCAGUUGGCGUUGUCGCGGUUCAAGGGCGUGGUGCCGCAGCCCAACGGGCGGUGGGGCUCCCAGAUCUACGAGCGCCACGCUCGCGUCUGGCUCGGCACGUUCGCGGACCAGGACUUGGCGGCGCGCGCCUACGAUGUAGCCGCGCUCAGGUACCGCGGCCGCGAUGCCGCCACCAACUUCCCGUGCGCGGCCGCGGAGCCGGAGCUCGCCUUCCUGGCAGCGCACUCAAAGGCCGAGAUCGUCGACAUGCUCCGGAAGCACACCUACGCCGACGAGCUCCGCCAGGGUCUGCGACGCGGCCGCGGCAUGGGGACGCGCGCGCAGCCGACGCCAUCGUGGGCGCGGGAGCCCCUCUUCGAGAAGGCCGUGACCCCAAGCGAUGUCGGCAAGCUCAAUCGCCUCGUGGUGCCGAAGCAACACGCCGAGAAGCACUUCCCUCUGAAGCGCACCCCGGAGACGACGACCACCACCGGCAACGGCGUGCUGCUCAACUUUGAGGACGGUGAGGGGAAGGUGUGGAGGUUCCGGUACUCGUAUUGGAACAGCAGCCAGAGCUACGUGCUCACAAAGGGCUGGAGUCGCUUCGUCCGGGAGAAGGGCCUCGCUGCCGGCGACUCCAUCGUGUUCUCGUGCUCGGCGUACGGCCAGGAGAAGCAGUUCUUCAUCAACUGCAAGAAGAACACGACCGUGAACGGUGGCAAAUCGGCGUCGCCGCUGCCGGUAGUGGAGACUGCCAAAGGAGAACAAGUCCGCGUCGUUAGGCUGUUCGGUGUUGACAUCGCCGGAGUAAAGAGGGGGCGAGCGGCGACGGCGGAGCAUGGCCCGCCGGAGUUGUUCAAGAGGCAAUGCGUGGCACACGGUCAGCACUCUCCUGCCCUAGGUGCCUUCGUCUUAUAGCAUCUGCACAUACAGCUCUAUAUAUUUAUACUUUUCCUCCCUUUUCUUAUUGUUGUUAAAUGACAUAUACUCCUAUAUGUUGAUCCUGUUCGUGGAUUAGAUAAAAUUCUCUGGAGAACUCAAUUUCAAGUCGGAUUGCAAAUUGAGUUGUAGUAAUAUGUAAUUAUGUGUGUGUGCAUAACUAGGAAUUCUAGCUAGAGAGGUCAUAGUAACCCGACGAUGUUUGUUGCACAUCUAUGUAUGUACUAUCAUUUUGGCACAUUAAAAAGUUCCAUUCUGCCUUCUCAUCAAGAGAUGUGUUUGUGUAUGUUUCAAUGAAAAUUUGUU